UUGAUCAAGAACCGGAACAAACAAACCCCCAAGCAAAUAUUAAGUGGCGUUGUGUCUAAACACCUGUUAUAUGCAGAGGGUACAUGCUGAAAUUUCGCAAGGGUGUUCAUUUAAUUUUAAACACGAUUUAUGAAAGGGAACGAGAGUAAAGAGUAGCACAUGAGAUGGCAAUUGUAUGUAGGACCUAUUUAUUUGCACAAUUGUCUAAAGAAACAGGAAUUCCCCUAAACCAAGCAAGAAGAUUUUAACCCGUAUACGGUGUUGGGCAGAUUGUGUAUAGUGUACGAUAUUUUAGUAUUCGUUGGUUUUUACCGCGAUUUAAUGUUUUGUUAGAAUAACUAUGAAAGGGCCCUCUGCCGUCUCUAGUCGUAGGAAGAGCGGGGUGACAAGGCUGUUGUGGACACUGUUUGGUGCCUGCCUUGUUGCUACAGUUAUCGGGUACAAACCAGUGGUCAUAGUCCAUGGUUUGUUCGACAGCUCCGGGGUAUUUGUGGAGUUCCUUCGCUUCAUCAAUCAGGACAAAUCACACAUCACGGCAAGAGAGACAACACUACAUAAAGAGAGACCUAAGACGACAACACGCAUGACAAGACAACAUGGUAGCAGCACAAAACAUGUCUCACCCAGGAACCAAUGUGUCAGUCAUCGACCUGUUUGACCGCAGCUCCAGCUUACAGCCACUAUGGAAACAAGUGGAGGGCUUCAAGGAAGCUAUCUAUCCCAUCAUGCAAAACGCUGCAGAUGGGGUCCACUUCAUCUGCUACUCUCAAGGUGGACUGAUUUGCAGAGGGAUCCUGUCCACUCUCCCUAAUCACAAUGUCCACUCCUUCAUCUCUUUGUCCUCGCCUCAGGCUGGACAGUAUGGAGACACAGACUACCUAAAGUACCUCUUCCCCCAGUUCAUGAAGUCCAACCUGUUUCAUUUCUGCUACACUGGAGUGGGCCAGAGGAUAUCCAUCUGCAACUACUGGAAAGACCCCCAUCACACGGACAUGUACGUGAACGGCAGUGAUUAUCUGGCUUUAUUGAACAGUGAGAGGCCAAAUCCCAAUUCGACAGUGUGGAAGAAGAACUUCCUACGUAUCAAGAAGCUGGUCUUAAUUGGGGGGCCAGACGAUGGAGUCAUCACACCCUGGCAGUCCAGUCAGUUUGGAUUUUACAAUGACAAUGAGACCGUCGUUGAGAUAAAGGACCAGGAUCUAUAUUUGAGAGAUGUGUUUGGCCUGAAGACCCUAAACGCUCGUGGGGACCUGUUCCUGUGCUCAAUGGCUGGAGUAGAGCACGUCAAGUGGCACUCCAAUGACACGGUGUUCAACACCUGCAUUGAGAAGUGGCUCGUUUAGCGCUGACUACUCCACCAAACAGCAUUACAAGAACACUCAUAUUUCAUACAAUCUUUACAGUGAAACACACACACACAGUUUUACCGCUGCAGUCUGAUUCACACAGUGGAAAUAUGAGUUUAACUAUGUCUGCACUACAUUGUGAACUACUCCUUAUGCUCUUACGUUUGUGAGAAUGAUUCAAAACAUACUGUCAUCAUUACACUUCAAACCCACAUGUACAUACUGUUACAUGUGUAUCCAUGUGUGUUUUACCUACACAUACCUAAGAAAGUACCACACAACAGUGCCUGACUGAGUGACGCCCUGUUCAUUUUCAGACCCACUGCCCAGUCCAUCUCUUUACUAGUGACUUUUACCAUUGGUUUUAGCUGGUAACAAAUGUCUUUGUCUUUUUAACCUAUAUAAGUAAGCCCUUAUGGUGGUUGUUGCUGUUGCUAAGCUACCCAGCAGACCGCUGCAGUAGAAAUCAUGCCUUACGUUUUUAGAAUGUUAGCCAUGUGUCUCAGUGUUCCAUUUUAUAUGUCUCCAAACCGAAGUGUUAUGACACACUGCCUACAGUGAUGGUGCUAAAAAGGUGGAGGGGAAGAAAAAAGGGAAGUGAUACUGGAGACAAGAAAUGAUUAGUAAGGAAAGAGGGUUUAGGAAUGGAUGGAAAGGGAGAAGAGUAAAGAGUGUUGUUUACCUGUCUUGAACAUAAUGUAUGUGACAUACCUGUACCUCUCGUUGCAUUUAGAUAUCUCAGGUUUGAUCAGAAGCCUAUGUCUGUUUUUGUCAAAGGGAAUGGUUUAUUUUUAACUCAACUGUUUGUUAUACUGUUAUGGGUGUUUUCUUAAGAUGGUAUGAAAAAGGGAAUUGCCUGUGGGACUAUAGUGAAAGUACUCUAUUGUGAAGUAAGAUAGAAAGCAUUGCACAAAGAUUAAAAAUGUAACUAGAAAUGAGACUGUCAGGUAUGAGGGAUUGUUAUAGCUUGUAAAAUAUUUGUAAAGUUGUUGACAUUGCAGUA